AUGAACGCUUCCACCACGCCGAUGCAACACUCACGUAUAGCGCCUCCGGAGUUCGGCCAACGCAGUUACGUUGACGAGACCAUUGGUGCUAGUUGGCUUGAGUACGCAAGGCGACACCUUGUUUUUCAGCGAGCUAUCCUCGUGCUAUCACUUCUCUCACCUCAUCACGGCGGCUUUUCCUGGGCCAAAAUGAAAACUAUACAAGAAUUACAGGAUGCCGCCAAUUCCCUGACGCUAAAACAGAUGCGCGAUGCGCAGGACGCGGCUGGCUCUGAUCGCACGGGAUUCCCAUAUCCGCUUGAUUCCCCCUCUCCGUUGUUCUACAUCAAAUAUGGAAAUUCAUACUCGUGCCUGACUAUAAUGGAGGCCGAAACCCAGACCUUCACAUACCAUGCUCUAGAAGUCAUUUCCCGCUCGGCCGCCCCGCCUAUCGGCCUUCCCCGCGUCCCGAAGAUUUUCCGUGUUGUUGGGGGCGCAUACAUCAUCAUGGAGUAUGUCCAAGGAAUGACAUUUCUGAACAUCUCAAAGACAAAGUCUCGGGAAGACCAGCUUGAGUACAUUGAUCGCAUUGCCAAGGCCAUCGACAUCCUCCUGACCAUCCCCGUCCCCAGCGAUGCCGCCCCUGGGCCGUACCGAGGAGGCCUGAUCAAACAUCCACUAUUCAGAGAUAGUGAAGCGCCAAAGGUCUUUUAUGACGUCGCGUCUCUCCAGGAUUACGUCAAUUACAUGAGCACCAUGCCUCAAAGGUCUAGGAACACCGCCAACCCGCCACGGCCCGAGUGUCAAUUGGACUGCCAACUCUAUCUAGUGUACGCGGACCUAUAUCCAGGCAACUUCAUCUUCGACGCGGAUGGCGCUCUUUGGAUUAUUGACUUUGAGCAUGCUAAUCUCUUGCCGCUCUGCUUCCAGACCUACGCGCUCGUUUAUCCGUUUCCCCUGUCGGACGAGCACGCCAAAGACGUGCACCAGCGAAUGAGGACGAAACUGCCCACUGACAAUAUAGACGCCAUGAAACACGCUCGUGACUGGUUUAUCAAGUGCACGUUUGGACUUGGUAUACCAAGCGGGGACCGGUUCAAGGGAACGGAAACGUACCAGUAUCUGGGCCAGAAAGAAACCUCCGGAGGGCCUAUUCCGCAAGAAGUCUUAGCAGGCACCUUGAACGAUGGAUCUUACUCUUGUCAAAGAGGAUACUCGUACAUUCCCCUGUUGCUAGCGGGCGGUGCGCUGGGUCUGGGCAUCGCCUUGAGGUAUAUGGGUGGCAGAUGUACUUGA